AUGACAAUUGCAGAAGAAAUUAAAAAAGAAUUGGACAAGGCAGAGAAAAGAUUGGUUGAUGUUGAAGAAAAGUUGAAGAGACUGGAGAAGUUGAGAAGAGGUGUAGAAAAAGAAUAUUACGUUGGUGAGCUGCGAAAUUUAGAAGGAAAAGAAGAGGGAUUGGAGAAGGAGAAGAAAGAAUGGGGGGAGGAAGUAAGGAAAUGGAAUGAGUUGUGGAGAAAGGAAUGUAAUAAUGAAAAAGAACCCAAGCAUUUUAUUUCUCCUGAUGAAUAUUCUUUUAAAAGAAUGUGUUUGGAUGAAGAUACUCCGCUUUUUAAAUUCUGGAAGGAUGUUCAGAAUAUUGAAAUUAACAAAAAAAUAAUUUCUCUAACAGAAGGUGUUUACUUGUUGGGUGAAGCAAAUCAAGGAUCAAGUAUUUUUGUUCGUCAAUGUUAUUCGGAUCUUUCCAAGAUAAUUUUUGAUAGUGAUAAAUUGGAAAACUUUUGCAUUUCAGGAACUCCAGUCAAUCAGAGACCAGUUUUCUUUCAUCAAGGAAACAUAUUUCAGGGAAAUUUAGAUCUAUUUGAUAAUGAAUUAAAUAAAUCAGAUGUUUGGUAUCUUGUUGAUGGACAUCAUCCAAUGAAAUAUGAGGCCAAAACUAUUCUUGUAACUUCACCACAAAAAGAGAACUAUCGAAACUUUCAGAAGUGGGCUGGAACAAAUAAACAUUUUAUGCCAGUAUGGACUUGGGAUGAAAUAUCUGCAUGUAUCUCUAAAAAUAUUUAUGAUGAUUCAGCAGGGAGUCUAAAGGUUACUUCCAAAGUUUUAUAUCCCAAAGUUGAUUAUGAAAAAGCCAAAAAAUUGUUUGGAAUGUGGGGAGGCAUUCCACGAGUUGUUUUGCAAAAAGCAAGCACAGUACCAAUAAAUUUGAUAAAUCAAGAAAUGGAAGGUGCAAUCAGAAUUUGUGACCUUGAUAUGAUAGUAAAAAUAAUUGGAGAUGUGGUUGAUCCUAAACUUGAUUUUAACAAUAAGGUUGUGCAUAUUUACACUAAUGUUCCUGAUGAAGAACCAGAUUAUAUGGAUAAUAAUACUAUGGAUGUGUGUAAAGAACUUGAUGUUUCAUCAUUUCCACCAUACACUCAGCAAUUGGUACUCUUUGCAUCAACAUAUGUAAGUGAAAAGAUUAUUAAUCGUUAUGAGGAGGAAAAAAGAGACCAGUUGUAUAGUUUUUUAUCAGCAAGUAAAGAUCAGAUGGGGUAUGAAACUUUGCGAGGAAACAUAUUUGAGGCAGUAGCACAUAGAAUUUUGCGAACUGGUGGAGUGUUUGAAACACGUUGUCUAGAAUAUGAAAAUGAUGAAAUAAAAAUGGAGAAAUUCCCUAGACUUGAAAAUAAAAUCUUCCAAUCAAUAGAUGAGAUUAAUACACAUAAUGAAUAUUAUCAACCACAACAAAAAAAUUUCACUUCAGUGGAUUCAUUGGUUUUACCAAAUAUGUUAUUUCAGAUGACUAUUAAUCAGGAUCAUGGUAUAAAGGUCAAGGGAUUAAAUGACCUUAUAAAUAUACUUGAUGUUGAAAGAGAAAUCAAAUUUUAUUUUAUUAUGCCACCAGAAUGUUUUGAUAGAAUGAAAAAGCAACUAUUUCAUACCAGAAAAGGGGAAAAUUCAAAAAGACUACCAUCCUGGAUUAAGGAUAAAGUAAAACAAUAUGUUCUCAAGGUUGAUUUGGCAUCUAAUUAUAAGUCUUAA